AUGGCCGCGGCAGGAGCGGCAGGAGCGGGUCUGGCUGAGCUCUUCCGACGCCGUUCACGUCCGAAAGAACGUCACGAAGACUCCCAGAUGUCUUAUUCGGAAGACAAGUAUUCCGAUGAGGAGUCACGCCGUGGUGGCUGGGGAAACAAGCUUCUCAAACUAGGAGCUAUCGGUGGUGGUGCGCUUCUCGUUAAACGAUUAUUCGACAGAAGGCGCGAUCGAGAUAGUGAUACGGAAUCCGGUCGCUAUAGUCGGGCGCAUACACGAACUGACAGUAUGACAGAAGCCACAAUGAGUAGGUUGGAGGACGGACGACGGCCAGAACCAAGCUAUCAGACUCCUCUCAAUCGGCCACCAAGCAGACCCCCAAGCAGACCCCCCAGUCGACCACAAAGUCCAGGAUCAUCUUAUUAUUACAAUACAACAUAUCUGACAGAGCCAGAGCCACAGCCGUCUCAUGGAGUUCGUAACGCCUUGUUCGGUGCCGGAGCUUUCGCAGCUCUUCGGGGUCUCUUUAAACGUCGGAAUAAAGAUGACGAGCAACGGCGUGUGGAAGAGAUGCGCCGUCAUGAUAUAGAAGAGGAGAGAAUCGCUCGAGCAAACAGUAAGCGGCGAUAUACAGGAGACGGUUUCUACCCACGAAAGCAUAGAAGGGCCGAUUCAUACACCGCUACCGACCUCUCAUCGACUGACAUGACCCGCCCACCACGUGGGCCUCUGCAUGGCGAAUCCGCUAUAUCUGCCGGCGCCGCGACACCUGGACCCGGGGACGUGCCAUAUUCCGGGGCCCCUCCUGCCCCUCCAAUUCAUCAAGAGCCAAUCUCAGAGAUGCCAACUCCCGUCCAGUCUCGACAUGAACUGCCGGAGGUGGUCCCUGGUCUGGCAGCCGGAGCGACGGCCAUGGAUGCCUCGUCCAGCCAUCGCCGUCAGCGCAGUACAAGUAGACAGCGGGACGACCAUGUAGAAUCUCCGCCUGUGUCAGUCAAAGUGAAGAUGCACAAUGACGGACGGCACGUCACUCUGAGGAGACUGACCGAAGAAGAAGCCGCCGCCAGUCGUGAAGCACGACGAAGGGAGAGGAGAAACUCACGUCGUCGCGCCGGAAGUGCGAGUUCUUUAUCGGGAAACGAAGGUGGCUACGAUCGAUGGCGCCGGGUGGAGGAACUCGAGCGCCAGCAGCAGGAACAAAUCCAACGUGAACAGCAGGCGGCCGUGGCUGCAGCCGGUUCUGCUGCUCCUUUGGGCGCUGCUCCUCCCCCAUCAUUUGUCCCGCCCUCGAGUCACUUUUCUCCCCCACCUCCCCCUGUACCCUCCAGCUUGCCCUACGGCAGCAUCGGGUCCCCGGGCACAUUUACCGGCACAGAUGCGAGUGGCGACUAUGCAAACAAUCGCCGGCGAAGACGAGCGGAAAGAGCUCGAGCUCGGCAAGAAAGACAACAGAGUGUUGAUUUCACAUGA